AUGAAUUGGUUGUUGUUUCCGAUAAGACGCGUACUACACACCCGCUCUAGCUUCUUAUCGCUCUACAGAAGAUCUGUUUCACAGUACUUACGGCCUCGAACUGUCCAAAAUCUGCAAUUGAUGGCAAAAACACCCGAACUCAACACCAAGCUGUUCAAGCCCUUGGUCUGGAUCGACUGCGAGAUGACCGGUCUAGAUCACAUGAACGACCGGAUCAUCGAGAUCUGCUGUAUCAUCACCGAUGGACACCUGACGCCCGUCAGAGCGCCCGAUGGUCAAGGGCAGUCGCACUACGAAAGUGUUAUCCACUGUGGUCCCGAGGUGAUGAAUAAAAUGAACCAGUGGUGUAUCGAGCACCACGGCGAAAGCGGGCUCACAGCAAAAGUUUUGGCGACCGACAAGACUUUGGCCCAAGUGGAAGCAGAGCUGCUCGAGUAUAUUCAGCGCUACAUCCCGGAUAAAAACGUUGGUGUCCUCGCUGGCAACAGCGUGCACAUGGACCGUUUGUUUAUGGUCCGCGAGUUUCCCAAGGUCAUUGACCACCUCUUUUACAGAAUCGUCGAUGUCAGUAGUAUCAUGGAAGUUGCCCGCAGACACAACCCAGCUUUGCAAGCACGUAACCCAAAGAAGGAAGCUGCCCACACGGCUUACAGUGACAUUAAAGAGAGCAUAGCUCAGUUGCAAUGGUAUAUGGAUAACUACUUGAAGCCACCGCAGGAGACAGAGUCGGUCGAGUCAACCGGAUCUCAGCAGCCGGAGUCACCAGCUUCAUCAACUUCUUCUCUAAAGAGACCACGCACCGAUUUUUCAAAGUGA